AUGUCGCCAGCCUUCCACAACCAUUCCCCACUAUGGAGCGUCUUGACAGCCCAGAAGGCAGAGCUCGCUUCGAAUUUUGUCGUUCUGAACAGAUUUGUUCUCGGGUUUUGUACUGAGAGUAAGAAAAUCAUGGCUACGCCAAUCUGGCCUUCGGAUGAAGGAGACGUAACAAUUCAAGGAAUUCCCUUGUUCGAUGACCGAGUGUGGGAAGCAUUCGGGGCUGAGGAGCCGGCCGCUCUGCACGACGCUGUACACGUCGGGACAUCUGCUCAGACGACGCCGCGUUCGGAGUCUGACAAACACGUCGACCAGAAAGCGUCUAGACCAUUCAACGAGACUGCCUUUCCGCAUUCGCAGAACCCCACAUUCAGCAUGUCGCAGACCGAAAGCGGAAAAUCCGAAGUUUUUUUUCCUGGUACCCCGAAUGACGCGUCUGCCUCUAGAGCCUCCGGUGUUACUCAAUCCCACGACCAACUCCCUCUAGAAAUCGACGAAUGCGUUCUCACGGGAGCUCCGCAAUGCUCGCCGGAAGAUGCGUUCACGCUCAUGGAGCUGACCGACGUGGUCGGCGGAAAUGCCGUGUCUGGCGGCGACCAUCUGGGUGGCCCGUGCGACGGCGACCAUCUGGCGGGGCCGUGCGACAUGGACGGCGAUAUGGAUGGCGACCUUUUGCAGGGAGACGACGUUCUUGGUGCGUCGUGGGAUGCGUGCGACCAUACCGGCAAUCUCGAGGCAAUUCUCAGAUCCUCGUACCAGCCCGCGAAGCCCUCCCAAUGCGGCUCUGCGACAGGCCAGCAUUCCGCACAGCCCUCCAUUGCGGGAAUCCUCUCACACAUUCACGCUUCCGCGGCUUCCGCGGCCUCCGCCGUACCGGCGGACGCGGGAAAGCAGCUCUGGGAAGGCCCGGCUGCGGAAUUCGAAGCCGCGCGUCGACGCGGAGAAUGCGAAACCGAGGAGCGCCGACGCGAAGGCGACGACGGCGAGAACGCCGCGAAUUUCGCGAGAUUCGCGACGCUUCCAUCUGCGGGUGCGGUGGGGGCGACGGAGGGAGGUGGCGCGGAGAGGGCGAACGCGGGAGGGCUUUGCGAUUCUGUGCUCCGGUCGCCAUCACCUCUGUGCGACAGCAUUCCGCAACGCCUGUCGCUUCUGCAGGUGCGCGCAGAUGAUGGUUCCGUCGACUUUUGA